GCUCAGUGUUUUGUUAAAAAUAUUAUAAAUUCAUAUUAUAACAUAAUUAUUAAAUAUUUGUUAGGACAAAACAGCGCACCAAGAGCAAAGAUGAUGUAGAUGUCUUGUCGUGAUAAUUAAGAUCCCUGCAUCCUCUGCAGUAAGCCUUGCUGUUUGACAUAUAUAUAGUUUUUAUCUUCUUUUGUCACUUAUCACAAAUUCUUAUAUGGUGGGGAAAUUUCGGAAAUUUUACUUGACGAUUGACUUUGUAAUUUCAAAUGGGGAAGAGAAUUGCGUGAAAAUUUAUCAUAGUCAAAUUAGUUAUAGAAGUUGGUGGGGAAUAGAAAUAAUUCUUAAUUGAAUAAAAGUCCAAGAAGUUAGUCAGCUCACUCUUGCAUGAGAUUGUUGUCGACCUUGCUCUUAGUGUUAGACUUUUUCAUAAUGUUCAUUGCAAAAGAAUUUCAGUACAGGCGAUAUAAGUAUGGUUUUAUUUGUUAUUUAAAAUUACGUUUCUUUUAUCUUAACUCGCACUUCUUUAAUUUGUAGUAAAAAAAUGUGCAUGUAUUUUGCUUAUAAGCUAAGGAAAAUAGAAGAAAUCAAUUUUGGAAUAUUUAAAAACUAAUUAUUGUACCAACUGUGACUAACCCUGGACGUGGAUGAAAGAUAGUAUAAAUAAUAGGAAAAUAAAAAGAUUUAAAAGAUAUAUCUUAAUUUUUAAAUCUUUUUGUUGAAAAAAUAUGUGCUUUUUUGGAUAAUAAUGCAACAACCGCAAAAAGAUCGGCCCUUUUUACCUGCGAAAAUGACUCUUUGCUUAAAAUUCGCAAUGCACCGUUACUUCACCUACCCUGAGAGCUUUCGCCAGAAUUUUAGCGUCGAACAAAUGGCCUCGGAUGGCUUGUACCUGGCCGAAGACGGUGCGCAUCUAUGUUGCUACUUUUGCAACUUUAAAAUACUCAAGUCCGAAUGCAACGACUGGCGUCAACAGCACUCGGCCGCCGUCAUUCUUCCUUGCCCAAUUUUCACCGGAACCUCGCAAAACGUCCCGAUGGAUUUGACUCGUCUCAAUUACAAGUACGAAACGCACCGGCUAUUUUCCCUUCUGCAAAACUCCAAUUGGCAAUUUGUCACACCUUACGAUUUGGCCAAAAGUGGAUUUUAUUACUUGGGCCUCGAGGACAGGGUCCGCUGCAUUUUCUGCUGUCUGGAAGUGUCCGAUUGGUGCGAAGGGGACACCCCUGACGGCGAGCACAGUCGAUUCGACUCUGAAUGUCGUUUUCUCAAAGACCCUUUGUCCGUGGCAAAUGUAAAGAUAGGCAGUGAGGAGCUCGGUCACGGCAACAACUCGAUUUCGGACCAUUUUGAGCCAAUAAGCAAAGUGCUCGCGAGACUCGGUCCGUGGCUUCGAGUGAAAAAACAAAAUCUUCCGUUAUCAUCUUUAUCGAUAAAGGAAUGGAAAGAGCCAAAAUACCCUGAGAACAAUUGCCUCGCCGCCAGAUUGGCCACUUUCAAACUCUGGCCGAAAUCUUUGUCGCAAAAACCAAAGCAAAUGGCUAUGGCAGGAUUUUUUUACGUCGGAGUCGGCGACAGGGUCUGUUGUUUCCAUUGCGGCCUGGGUCUGAGCAACUGGGUUUCCGAGGAAAAUCCGUACGAACAACACGUAAAAUGGGAAGGCGCUUGUUGUUAUCUACAAACCGUCAGUCGAGUUGAUUUUAUUGAAAAUAAAAAUUUACAUUCGGAAGAAGCAGCGGCACAAGUUCAGGUCGGUGGUGUUGGGACGGUGAAAUGUGGGACCUGCCGGACGCAGGUCGUGAAUACUGCGGUUUUGCCAUGCGGGCACCUUUGUUUGUGUGAGCAGUGUAGUGUGGAAAAGUGUCCAGUGUGCGGCGGUGAAGCUUUGGCACAAUUGCGAGUGUUCUUUUAGGAGAUUAUCAGUAUAAUGAUGUAAGCUUACAACAAGUAAAACAAAUAAGACAAUAAAUAACAAUAUAAUAUUAAAAAUAAUUGAAUUAGAUUAAA